AUCCGAGCCACCCCCAUGACACAACUCAGCCCUGGCCGCAGAGUCCUGACGGCUCAUCCACAUGGAGACAGAUGGGCCUCCAAAUGUUGGAGUCGCAGCUGCUGGGCGGUGACCAGGCACACAGCGGGGCUUUGUGCUGACGAGGCUGGGGGGCGGUGUUCCAUCUGCGACCUGUGUACUUUGGAAGACCGCGACUGCAGCCCAGCACCAAAGGUCACAGAAGCGCGCGGCCGGCCUUGGCUGAUCCCACCCCUGCAGAGCCACUUCGCACCAGCGGCACAGAGCUCCUCCGGGAUGUGGUGCCCGCUGCGCCCGCUCCUGCUGGCCCUCCUUCUGGCAUCUGCGUGUAGGACCCUCGGCCCGUGGGGGCAGCGUGAUGACGGCGGGGGCGAGCCUGAGUCCGUGGAGCCCCGGUGGGGGCGGCUGAAGGGCAGCAACGCGAGCGGGCCCCUGCCGCCCGCCGCCUUCCACGAGGAGAACACCGUCACCGGCGAGUGGGCCGCGGACGGGGAGGAGGAGGAAGACUACCUGGACCUGGAGAAGAUCUUCGGGGAGGACGACGACUACAGCGACGUGGUGGACGCGGCCCCCCCCACGCGCCCCGGGGCGGGCGCCGGCAGCGUGCUCCCGCUCUUCCCCGGCAAGAGCCGCGUGCAGCGGCUCAACCUCCUCAACGCGCAGUUCGCCUUCGACCUGUACCGGGCGCUGGCAGUGCGGGUCGGCGCGGCCGACAACGUCUUCCUGGCGCCCGUGGGCGUGUCGGCGGCCAUGGCCAUGCUCUCCCUGGGCCUGGCGGGCGACACCCACCAGGAGGUGCACACGGCCCUGCGCUUUGCCGAGUUCGUCAACGCCAGCGCCACCUACGAGCUGGGCACCGUCCACAACCUGUUCCGGAAACUGAUCCACCGCCUCUUCCGCAGGAACUUCGGGUACACGCUGCGCUCCGUCAGCGACCUCUACGUGCAGAAGCAGCUCCCGGUCCUGGAUGACUUCAAGGCCAAGGUCCGGGAGUACUACUUCGCCGAGGUCCGGGCAGCCGACUUCUCCGAUCCGGCCUUCCUCGCCCACACGAACCGGCACGUGGCCCGGCUCACCAAGGGCCUCAUACGAGACGCACUGCAGGACGUGGACCCCGCGACGCAGAUGCUGCUCCUCAACUGCCUCUACUUCAAAGGGUCCUGGGUGAACAAAUUCCCGGUGGAAAUGACGCACAACCACAACUUCCGGCUGAACGAGCGGGAGGUGGUCAAGGUCCCCAUGAUGCAGACCAAGGGCGCGUUCCUGGCGGCCAGCGACCAGGAGCUGGACUGCGACGUGCUGCGGCUGGAGUACGUGGGGGGCAUCAGCAUGCUUGUGGUGGUCCCGCACAAGCUGUCCGGGAUGAAGACCCUGGAGAGCCAGCUGACGCCCCAGGCGGUGGAGCGGUGGCAGAGGAGCAUGACAAACAGGACGCGGGAGGUGCUCCUGCCCAAGUUCAAGCUGGAGAAGGACUACGACCUGGUGGGCGCCCUGCGGGCCCUGGGGGUCACAGCACUCUUCGACAAGCACAGCAACACCACGGGGAUCACUGGCCAGAGGAUCGUCAUUGACCUGUUCAAACACCAGGGCACCAUCACGGUGAAUGAGGAGGGCACGCAGGCCGCAGCCGUGACCGCCGUGGGGUUCAUGCCGCUGUCCACCCAGGUCCGCUUCAGCGUCGACCGGCCCUUCCUGUUCCUCGUCUACGAGCACCGCACCAGCUGCCUGCUCUUCUUGGGCCGGGUCGCCAACCCCGCCAGGCCUUAGUGGCAGGGCUGGGCGUCUCGAGUGCUUCGGGGCAUCCGCGAUUCCGUUUCCCUUCUCACAACCACCAAGAGCUGCUGGUGCCGGGACCGCGUGGCCCGGCCCCUUUCGGGAGACGUGGGCGAGGAGGCAGCGCGCGUGCCACCCGGCUGGCAGGACGGCUGUCGCUGAAGGCGCUGGCGCAGACACACAGCCCCUCCUCACAGUCACCCCAGGCCAGCAGCGCCCCUCUGCCACCCAAACCUUCCCCCACUGUGGAGCACGAGGGAGCCCAAGAUGCCGACAGCCAGCCCCUCCUCGAGCAAGGCACGGCCGCUCAGAGCACAGCGUGGGGUUAAUAAACGUGCCGCUUUUA